AUGAGUGUGAAGCGGGAUUCAUUUACAUAUCGGCAUGCAGACAGUAUCCAGGCCUUUGGGCUCAAAGCGGGUACUCUUCUUGUCGCCACUCGAAGCAAGCUUGUUGAAUGGGACAGGAUGAGAAGAAGGGCUAUUAGGGAAGUUAGUGUGAGAGGUGAGAUAACAGACGUCAAGUGUCUCAACGGCUACUGGAUCUUGCUAACAAAGAAUAGUGUUGAACUCUUUGAUGGAGACACGAUCGAGCAUAUUGGGCCAAAGAGGCCGCUGGACGCUUCCAUUGCGUACAAGGAUUGGCUUCUGAUUGUGGGAAAUGAAGAGAUUACAGUCAUCUCAAUCAGAAAGGGGAAUGCCGAGGCUAGAAAGGUCAGGCUUACAUCCAACAACGGGAUAUGUACAUGUGGGGCCAGCUCCGCAGAAGGACUGUUUCUCUCAUUUGAAAAUGGAAAGGUGUUUUCUAUUGGAGAGCCUGAGGUGAUGGGCAUCGUGCUUGGAAAGGCUGAUGAGGUCCUGGUGGAUGAACUGCCAUGCCUGAUAUUUCUGAAGGAGGCUAUAGUCUCAAUUAAUGUUCUAGAAAAGGAUCUGGUGGUAUCUCUGUUUAACAAAAAGGUUCUUGUAUUAAGCCUAGAAACAAGAGAGGUGUUAUUUACGGAGCUUCUGUACAACAUCAAAUGCUCCACAAUAUGGAAUGAGAUGAUUGUUGUAAAUGAUUGUAAAAACAAUAUUCUGUUUCUUGACAGGAGACUUGUAAUUUCUUAUAGUAACUGUCUCAAAGAGGAAAUAUGCGGUGUCCUAGCAGAUGGAGACGGGUUGGCUGUAGGAUUCACGAUAGGGGUAGUGAAAGAGUAUGUGACGGAUGGCAAGACACGGCCUGGGUUUGUGUGUGAGGCCAUGGAGUGA